UAAACUAACAACUUGUUUUGGCCACGUUGGAGCUGACACAUAGCUGUCAUUACGUAGAACAAAAUCGGGUAUAUAUAUAGCUGUAGCCAUGUAUUCACUAAAUUACAUCUUGUUCAGCAACGACAUUGACAGUAAAAUACUUUCUUACUCUAAGCCAUUCAUCUUUUGGCCUCAAAAUGAUUGAAAUUGAUAUUCCUCACGAUAUUUGUACAACAACGUUUGUUUGUGGGCCAAGUUUGUACACAAAACUGCCUGAAAAAUUAACGUAUGGUCUCGACCAAAGGUCAGAUGUACCACCAUCACUAGGAAAAGGUGAUUUGUUGGACGAAGGGCUUAUUUAUACCCUAAAAAAGUUAGUUUGGAAAUACAAAAAAGAAAUGGGUGAACAGCAAGAGACGUUUGUGUCUGGUGGACUACAACAAUACCUGAUUAAACAAGAGUUAAAACAGAAGAGCCUAAUAAACGGUCAGAAGGGUGUCAACCAGGAUCAUUCUUUAUUCAACAAGUUACCUGUGGAUGUGAAGCUCCAUAUAUUUUCGUAUCUUGGAAUACAGGACCUUUGUCGGAUUAGUGGAGUGUGUAGGGACUGGUAUGAUGUGAGCCAAGACAAUCUCUUGUGGCAGGAAAAACUCACACGUAACAUCCAGUCCUGGAAUAUGAUUUCUCAUCUCACCAAUCCAGCCCUUUACAGGGAGGUACAGUCGGAGUGGUCCAAUAAGGAAAUAUUUCUGAGAUGUUCUCCCGAAAUCAACAAAAUUAUUCAUGAAAAAAACUCCAUGCUGACAAGCAUAUCUAAUAUGCUUAGAUAUUUCUUUCCAAAGAAAGUGUCAAAGAUUGCUAUGUUUGGUCCAGGCCUUGAGUCUGAAAACACAAGUGGUUUAGUCCGACAAAUGCUGACCGCGAAGACAUUGUUAGAACAAGUGGGAAUGGUACCAGGACAGUUUGAUGGUGUUGGAUCAGGCUGGCUUCUGAAGAUGGCAGACUGCACAAAUUUUCAGCUGUCAGUUCUGUACUCUGCUUCCAAAUCUGUCAGACAGCAACCAGGCUGGGACCGUAUCCAAGGCAACAACCUAUUGCAGGUAUCUAAGCAAGAUGUCGGACAAGAGGGGGUGGAGCUCAAGCCAGCAGUCAAAGAUUUCUGUCGUACUGUCGACGCUUUUAUCUACGUAGUAGAUUCAACAUCAACAGCUACUCGUGAAGGAAAUGAUGAGUUCUACACCAUGGUGAAUGAGCGCUGGUCAGCCACACAUGUUCCGGUUCUAGUAUUAUCUUGUGUUAAGGAUUCCUCUGCCACUCGCAUUCCCAGUAUCAAGGUUGUGGAGACUCUUGGAAUGUCCAACAUGAACAGACCUUGGCAGGUGCGAAACUGUGAGUCUGAGAAUCUGACCGAGGUUUUAGAAGGAAUUCGGUGGGUUGUUGAACAAUCACAUAGACGAUGAAAGUUGUGUUAAGUAACAAACAACUACAUGUCAACCCGAUAUGUGACAGGCCGGACACAUGUCCCAAAAUGGCUACGAGUCAAACGGAUCGGAGAAGUGUGACGUCCGCGUCCGAUAGUCAAAAUAUGUGUGACUAGUCACAUCUGAAGACCUUGAUGUCAUCAUAUGCAAAGAAGAUCAGAAAAGGAAACAAGUUCAUACAAAGUUCAUGAGUCCCCUCCACGUUGUCGUCUGAGGUUAGGUCAGUCUGUUGUAAUAUGUGAGGGUCUAACCUUGCUACAUUGAGCCUACAAAAACUGUUGUAAUAGUCAUUGAAGACUGCACUUAAAAGUCUCAUUUAACAGGAAUCACACUUACCAUAGAUUUUUAUGCACACGAUUCCUAUUCUUGGUCGAGUAAGAACUGUGUCGGGAGCAGUGAAAUAAAUACUUCUCUUGUCCACUGUGCAUUUAAUGAAUACUCUGUAAGCUUUGUCACCAAAUAUUUGAAGAUUUACAGCUAGCCUUCAGAACUUGUUAAAAAAUAAAUGUCAUGCAUUCCAUAAGGUUUGCCCAAAUCAGUGUUCAGUAAAGUACAUUAUAAUUUGAAAUAUAUCAAGUAUCACUACAUAUUCAAGACAACAGUUUGUACAUGCUCAUUCUGACAAUGUAAUGGUAUAUGUUACAGACUGUAAGGUCUCUGUACUGAAGAUCAUUAAUAUAUAUAUAUUAACAGUAUAUUUAGAUUUUAAACUGAAUAUUGUACCUCUGAUAUGGUUGGUUGUGAUUUAGAUCAAACUGUUACAUUGAUUUUACAGCAAAAUCUUGUUUAAAAAUUAUAUGAAUGAUAACUAUAUUGUUUUCUUUCAUGAAUAUAAAAGCAAAGGUCAUCAAUGAUUCCCUGGAAAUUAUUAACACUAAACAUGAUUGUAGUACAGUAUAUCCAUGUCCGUUCACUUUGAUUUUAGUUUGAAAUUGAAAAGAAAGUAAUGAACUCUGUGCCAAAGAUAUGUUUAACCCACCCAAUGGCAGCAGUAAUGAGAUUAUUUUAUGGGUAUGCGAUACAAGUUCAUGCAGUAAGUACAGUAGCAUAUAUGUUACGGCAUGCAACUGUAUACUUAACUUGUAUUUAAUCAUGCCAUGUUCUUCAGCAGUAACCAAUAUUUUCAUAUUAACUUUUGUGCCACAAGAACAUUUUGUAUGUUAGUGUAGACAGAUAUAAUGUUUAUCAGUUCUAUUGGAGUAUUCCCUACUAUGUAUAUAUUAGAUUAUGAAUGGAUAUUAACUUGUUUCCAGAUAACUUUCCAUUAUAUCAGUGCCAUUGUUUUACGUACUAUUGAUUUAAAACAAUGUUGUAUCUCAAAGCUAAAAUAUUUCAGUUUAAUAUCAUUGUUGAACAGGAUACUAAAGAUAAAAGAUAACACUAUUUUUGUGGUUAUUUUGACCCUAAUCUUCCAUUUUCUACUUUUGUACUGCUCAAGUGACCAACACAUGCUUGUGGAACAAAUAUAUUCUUAAAACCAUGAAAAAUUGUUUGAAAAAAGUAGAAAGAAGUAGUAUACUACUUUUAUUAUUUUCAAUCAAAAUUAACUAAAAACAAAUAAAAUCUUUUAAUUAUCUCCCUUGUGGAAAGUUAACACUCUUUCAAACAAACUUUAAAGAUAUAAGCUCAUCAAAGAUCAUGUGGCCUCAAACAGAAUUUAGCAUAUAACCCUACAGAUAACGAUAUUGGUCCACAUGGUACAGAGUCAGUAAUUACACAGAGCCUGAUACCUUUGUAUUCCUUUCACAUGGUAAGUAUACCUUCCAUCGACAGAAGCCGGAAUUAUUUGAAUUUCAAUAAUUUAAACUUAUAGUAAUAUAAAUAUGAAUGCAAAAUUGAUGUACUGGGUCAAGACCAGAUGCUUCUUUGAGUUGUAGAUUAUAUUGUAUCAUUGUGCUCAAUAGAAUACAUACAUAUGCAGAUAAACUAAAAUGAAGCGGAAAUAUUCUAUGCAAGGAGCAUGCUUUUUACAAUAGCCUAGCUAUAUAGGCUAGUAAAAGUGCUUGAUAUUUAUAAUGUUAGAAUGUUUUUUUAUAAUAUGCUAAUUUAAUUGCUGUGAGGAUGCACUGUGAUAUAAAUUGUUAUAAUAAUAAAUAUAUUUAUACAUUGUUUAUUUUUUACACGAAUAUGAUCAUUACAUAAUAAAAUUUGAUGGUUAUGCAACAUGUGCUUGUU